AACCGGGUCCCGAGUGGGCAACGAGCCUGGAGCCCGGGCCGGCCGGGGCCCCUGCGCUGACAGGCGGGGGGGAGCGGGCGGCACCUGCCCGCUGGGCCGCACGCACCGGCCCCGGCCCCGGCCCCGGGGAGGGCAGAGCCCGCCGGGGGGGAGCCCCGGUCCCGCCCCGCCCCGCCGCGGGGGCCGGGCUGCGAGGCGAGGCGGGGGCCGCCCCGGGGCAGGACGGCCGGGCGGCGCGGCGGGGCCGGCGGGCGCGAUGGAGCCGCCUGAGGGCUGGGACCCGUACGGGCGGCCGGCCCGGCGGACGCAGUGGCUGGUGAGCGCCCUGGCCUACCACUACGGGCUGGACCGCGGCGUGGAGAACGAGAUCGUGGUGCUGGCCACCGGCCUGGACCAGUACCUGCAGGAGAUCUUCCACCACCUGGACUGCGCCGGCGCCGGCCGCAUCCCCGGCGAGGACUUCCGGACGCUGUGCCAGGUGCUGGGGCUGGAGGAGGCGGCGGCGGCCGAGCCCGAGGAGUGCGCGGGGCUGUGGGACGGGCUCUCGGCCGAGCUCACCUUCCGACAGUUCCACGCCCGCCUCUGCGGCUACUUCAGCACCCAGGCGGGCAGCGCCGCGCCGCGCCUGCCGCUGGGCCGGGAGAGCGAGCACAUCGAGCGGCAGAUCCGGCUGCGCAGCCCUCGCCGCCGCCGCCGGGACCCGGCGGUUCCCGGCGCGGCGGGGCGGCCCGGCGGCGGGGGGCAGGCGGCGGGGCGGCGGCCGGCGGGGCCCUGCCCGCCCGAGUGCUACGAGGAGGUGGUGGCGCUGGAGCGGGCCGAGGACCGCAUCGCCAAGCUGGAGGAGGAGAACGGCAGCCUGCGGGAGCUGGUGGAGGACAUGCGGGCCGCCCUGCAGAGCAGCGACGCCCGCUGCCUGGCGCUGCAGGUAGGACUGCGGAAAAGCCAUGCUAACCAUAAGGACGAGGGGACCUGUUUUGUAGGGAGUAAGAGACCAUUAACACAGAACAACUCCCAGACCAAGUGCCUUCAAAGUGUCCUGAAGGAAGUGGAACUCAUCCGGAGCUCCAGGGAUGGGCAAAUUGAAGAAGCAAUUAGGUUCAAUCAAGAGUUAGAAAGAGAGCUGAAGAGCUCUCAGGAAGCGCUGGUCAGUCUGGAGGAUUGCAACCGUAACCUGAAGAGGGAACAAGCAGAAAUGAGGAAGAAGGUUGAAGAGGCGAGGCACGCCGUCCUGAACAGCCUCGGCAAAGUGAAGGAGCUAGAAGUGAAAGCUAACGAAGUGCCACAUCUGCAAAUAUACAUUCAGCAGCUAGAAUCGGAACUGCAGCACUAUAGGUCAGAAAUGGAGAGAUGCCAGCGCCCCCCCCGAAGCAGCCUGGAGCAGAGGGAGGGAGCAGCCCCAGCAGGGGGGAGAUACCCCCUGGCCGUGCCUGAAGACCGACGGCCUCCCACUGGCGGAGCCGGGAUUUCCGAGAACGAGGAUCAGCUGUUCCGCUCGGUGGAAGGCCAGGCUGCCUCUGAUGAAGAGGAGGAGAAGUGGGCGGGAGACCAGCCAGCCCAGGUGGACCAAAUGAAGAAAAGAUUGGCCAAGCUCCCUUGCUGUGGCAGUGGAUGUGAUGAAAAAAUGUGGAAAAAGCUAAUGUCUUAUUUAGAGACCACCAACACCGAUGGCUACGAAGCAGCCCCUGCGGAGCUUGCAGACAGAAUCACACAACUGACUGAACAGCUUGAGCUUAAAGGGCACGAAGUGAAAAAAUUGGAAACAAAUAUGGAAGAGAUGAAAGGCCCAUUGCUAGGUGAACUGCAGCAAAAGGUGGAGGAGACUGAACUGCUGAAGAUGGAGCUGCAGAUGUUGGAGACUGAGAGAGUUAGGCUGUCACUGGUGGAAGAAAAGCUCAUGGAUGUUUUACAGCUGCUUCAACAACUUCGAGACUUGAACGUAUCUAAGCGAGCCUUGGGGAAAAUCUUGCUGAGCACUUUGGAAUCCUGCCGUGACCCCCAACCUGGAAAAGCCCACCUAUUUGAAGUCCUAGAUACUCUUUACCACGAGCUGACAGCCUGCGAAGCCUUACAAAGCCAGCCUCUGGAGAAGGCGCAGAGUUGCCAGUCCUUGUCUAACCCACUGGUCAUCUCAUGCUGAGCAGCAGCGCCAGCUACAACCCGCCGAAUAACAGUCCUUGUUCAUUCAAACGUGUGAUGAAUGAGUAAGAUUUGUCCAAUUCAAGAGAGCUGAGUAAUGGACAAGAGUAACAGAAUAAUUCAGCCACGGAAUCAAAGGUAUGCUGCUGCCGGGAAGAGCGCCAGGUCUCCCGCUAUGUCACAGCCCUCCCUGAUGUGAACGAGCAUCCACGACAACAUGAGGAUUACGUAGCCACAUCGGUCUCUGACGGAAGCCUAAGCAUCCUUGUGUGAUGGCCCUGUAACUGUACUGGUCAACGAGAUAAAAAACAUUCCAAAUACACUGACCUGACCUGUGUAGAUUUACGACCCUGGUCACACGCUGGCUGGGCACAAUUUCUAGCUGUUGUGAUAGCUCAGUUCAAAAGCAAGAAGCAGCCUAUGUCACCGCUGGCACGUAAACUGCUCCCUUAGCAUACAAGCGACAAAAUGACUGUGUUUUGAACAUACACACGAGUGUAAGCCAGUAGUGCAAGUUUUAAGGGCUCAUGUAUAAAACAUGUUUGUGUGUGUGUGUGUAUUUGUGAUUCAAUUACUCACCUUAUUUAACUCUGAACAUAGGUUUUGUUAUUGCUCUGCUGAAUUUUAUAUUUGCCAUUACGGUGCCUUAGAAAUCUGCAGCAUUCUUUCCUGACGAUAGUCUUAGACUUUACACCAAAAGUUAAAUUUAACUGCUUGAAAUAGGUACAAGGCAAUUGUUCCCAGGCUCUUAGGGAAAGGGAGGGUUGAAAAAUUCACUUUGCAACAGCUGCCAUUGUGGCAUUAGCAAACAAAACAUGCAGCACACAAUUUUGUUCUCUCAUUUCAUUUCCCUCAAUGCAACUGCAGAGACGCAAAGCUAGGCCCUGCUUGCAGGCAAAUUAAUGCAAAAUGCUGGGCCUAAUCAUGGUGCCACAUAACAUUUUAAUCAGCAAUAAAGUAACUCCUGAGGGCCAAAGUAAAAAAAAUAGGUUGCUUCCAAGAUGCUUUUGCUGUUUCGUUCAACUAUCAAACACAGAAACUAAAGAAGCAGAGUUAUCAAAUGAUCCAAUGCAAUUUACGUUAUUAAAAGAUGCACUGUAGAUCUUUUAAGAAUUUGAAGUGAUUUGCCCGUAAUAACACCAGCAGUGAAAUACAACCAUUCAAUUCAGAACGGUGCAUACAUUAAUUUCUUCCCAUGAAAAAGGUUUUCGUACAGGAAUAAGGUCCGUACCACAAAGCAAUCUGGGGAAUAAGAAGAUUUGUAUUCCUUCCUAUUCGUAACACACUGUAUAGAUUACACACACCUCCAUCCAAGAUUGUGAUACAUCACUUAGCAUUUAGAGCCAUGUUGAUAACAAAAAUUCGCAAUAGAUAUUUUCAUUUCAUUUUAGAGGAAGAAAAAUACAGUGUUUUGCAAACAAUGGAACAAACUCUGUUCAAGAUGGUUUACCUGUUUGGUUUUUUUCUACUUUAACAGAGGAAGAUUUUAAGAAUAGAUAUAUAUUUUUAGUGUAGAUUUUUCAUAAAUAUAAAUUAGACGUGACGUAUCAUAGUGCAAUAUUCACCCUGUAAGAAAGAAAACUGUAUACUAAUACUAAAUAUGUCACUAACAUAAUACUAAGCAUAAUAUACUUGGUAUAUACUAAACUAUAUGCUAAUAUUAUAUACUAUAAAAACUAUACACUAGAUGUGCAACAGAUAAAAAUUAAAAUGAGCAGAAGUUAGCUCCCUGCUUGGGCUCAUUUCCUGAAAAACCAAGAGCUAGUAUCAGCUGCUGCUUUGUGCAGCUCUCUUGGACUUUCCCAGGAACACUCUAUAUGUGCAGAGAGAGAAAAUGCCAGCAAAUCGUUACGUAAGCAUGAUGUAUGUGUACAAUUAGCAGAAGAGACACCUCAGAAAUGGGAUUAUAAUGCAAGUACGCUCCUGAUUAUGGAUACUCUCACGUACUGCAGGAUCCUUUCAUCAUUCAGCUCAGUAUUGUUUGCUGUAUCCACCCUGUCUAUAUAUACACGUGUUAUUUCUAUUAUAUAUACUUAUGCAUACCUUAAGAUUGCUGUGCUAAUUUUAUACUUUCGGUAACGUUUUAACCACUGAGUUUCCACUUCACUUUCUAAUAUAUUUCCAGAAAUUUAGACUAUUAAGUAAAUGUCCUAAUGCCAAAACGGGGGAGAAGCAAUAUAACCUGAGUCCUGCCCAGCUUAUCCAAGCUGCAGUGGGACUGUAACUGGAGACUAGAAAAUGUCACUAGAAACCUAAACUGGUGUUAGGGAGGAUGUAAAUAGUUCAGACAAAAGGAGGGUUUUGUGAAUAAAUAAAUAGCAUUUAACUGAUAUGAGAAGCGGCAAAAUCAUAUCUUGCAAAGUUAGCUUCAAAUACUGUAAUGUUUCUAUUUCUUUAAGAAAUGCCUAUAUCAGGUUCAUUGCUGAUACAUCAGCAUAUGCCGAUUAAUCCUUUAAUAAUAAAAGCUGAUUAUUUUAACUCCAGGAAGUAAUUAAUAUAGAGCAAGUCAGACUUGCAGUAUUUUCAUAAGAAGAAUCUGUUCUUCAGGUGGAUCAAGAAGCAGUCCUCAGUCAAAUUCCUGCUAGAAAUCAGAGGCAAAGCACAGCCCUGUACUUUGAAAGACCUUCAUUCGUGACCUUAAAAUUGAUUUUUUUCUUAAACACUUUUACCUUAAUGUUUUAUACUGAGCCUGUCAGCAGUGCUGCUGAGGCUGCUAAAUAUUUCAUAUGAAGCUGUAUAAAUACGUGACUUUGAAUCAAUGGAAUUGAGAAACUUCUAGCUCAGCCUUAAAAGCAGGUAGACUGCCACAUUUUGAUUUACUAUGUGGAACGUGUUCAAAAGACGCUGUACAGUAAUCCUGGGAAGCAAACCCAAAUCUCUGGGUUUUCUUAAAGACUUAGCUCAUUGAGUCAAGUGAGCUACAUUGUUUGGGGGUUUUUUUUCUUUUUUUUAUAUAAUUUCUUGCCUUUUUGAGUGUUGGGAUUGUUUCCAGAUAACCAGAAAACUGAAAUAUCUAAUCAAGUCUCAUUAAUAGCCUCACUAUAUUUCAAAGGCUAAUAAUGGAGCAGUUAUUACGCACACUGUUGGCUGCAUAACAAACUCCUCUGAACAACUGGAGCAAUCCUCACAGCCACAUACUCUGCAAUUGCUUAUCUUGGACAUAUAAGAUCAUAGAUUUGCACAAACUAGUACUUGCUUUACAGGGAACGUAUACCAAGUUUAAAUCGACUUUGUAAAAAAAAUUCCCUAUAUGACAACAAUGGAAAAGAGAACAAAGAACACUCAAAAGCCUUCCAUUUAAGAAGUACAACCACAAAUCUGUAUCUUGCAUCUCUGCAAACGUUUUGUUUUGUUGUAUGUUCACCAAAUGGUAAUAAAUGGCCAUUGGCUUGCAUCUUAACUUCUCAGUAAAGAAAAAUAUCACAGAUUGAGUGCACGUGCUGUAAACACAAGUGCAGUUGCCCAUCUAAAAUUUGGCAUAAGCAGACAAAGGCCAUCACAGCGUGCCUUCCCAGGAUUUCUUUGUUCAGUAGGAAAACCAGUUUGGAGGAGUACGCGUGACAUGUUAUACCAGCUGGGACCUGAGCCUGCUGUACAGCUUCCAACUUAGGGUUACUUAGGUCUUGCCUGUAAUAAGUAGUUUUUCAGUUAGAAAGGCAAUGGGCAUCUAUAAAAGGACUAAAGUAACCUAAUUACGCUGGCUUUGAGGCAUGCUGGUUGAACUCUGGCCUCACACCAUGCUCAAGAUUUUCUCCUCUCCCCAACAUGUUAAUUCCUCAUUCCGUAGAUUUUUAUUUUCUUUCUCAAGAAUAAUCCCAUUCUUACAGAAAGGACAGUUUGUUUCAUGCCAUGUGUAUCUGCUGGGGAAUCCUUAACGUAAUUCAUCCUAACAAAAAAGUUUUUCUUCAUCACCUCUUCUCCAUGUCCUUUCCUCCUUCUUGCCUUGCAGAGCAAUAAAUCCGUCAGGCUCCCAGAUUUUGUACUUUAAGACUGGUGUCCAGUUUUUUCCUUGAAUGAGCUGCCAGGAGUGUUCUCAGCACUCCUGGCCCUCAUUCCUACAAGUCUCAGGGAACGUGCCCUUUCUCCUGCUCACUUGUCCCCUAAACCUGCUGGUCUAGCUCUCACAGACCUUACGUAUAUACUGUGUUUGCAUUUCCUUCACCUUCGAGAUGGUUCAACAUUACAUCUCCACAAAUCAUCAUCAGACUUGCUUUCUUAGCAGACGCCAUCUUAAUUUAUCAAUUGUCUAUUAAAACUGCAAAUCAGCCUUAACAAGGAAGCUGGGACGUGUCCUCUGCUGGAUCUCCACUGUGUUUCCACAAAACCAGCUUUUUGAUUUGACUUCAUUCCCAAACUACUUUCUCCUCCCAGUGCCCUCCAAACUUACCCUUUGGCAUAUUUCUCUCUGAGAUAACCUCAGGGUCUGCACAUUUCUACCACAAGCUACAUUUUUCAAGAAGAGUUUCCUCCUCCCAUUAUUUUUUACUUUAUAUGAGGUAUUAACUCUCAGCAAAUUAAACUCCACCUGAUAUAUAAAGUUAUUCAAUAAUUGUCUGAUUUAUUUGCAUCGAAGCUCUCUCUGAAGUCCUGGCAGUGACCGCUCAUCACAGAUGUUACACUGAUUCACCAAAGUUUUGCACCAAACCAGUGUGGCCACCUCCAGCUAGAGAUGCUCCAAGGUGUUGCUGGCAUUUGUGCACGCUUUUAGAAGUAAAAAAAUCCUUGGCAUGGAUACUUUUAAAUGUGCUGAAUUUGUUGGAAUUAAAUCUCCUCCCUUUAACGAUACUGUCCAUUAAUCUACCACAUGGUACACUGCGGUGAUGAAAGGCUGCUCAGAUUCCAUUCUUUGUUUCCACCUUCCCGUUAAGAAGGGAACACUUUCAAACAGCACUGCGUAAAAUAGAAUUGCUUGGUAUGACAGGAUGACAAUAAACUUGCACAGCAUGUGUGUGACACAUCACAUUACCAGCCAAAGGAUUUCCCCCAGACUUAUAAUUUCAUGGAGUUUAAGACACUGAAUCCUUUAAUAUUUACAUUAUCUUAUUUGCUUAAUAGUUUUAUGUGUAAUUCUGCAAAAUGCAAAGCUAUAGAGCAUGUUUCUUAGUGUGAAAUUCAAUUGAAAAUCAUCUUCAUUUCCCAAAUUACACUUUACUUUCAAAAGGCUAGGAUUUUCAGAGCUCCAGUUUGCUUUCUAUUCUACUUUUCUGGCUCUUCUAAUGUGCUAGCAGAAACAUCCUUACCCACUUCCCGUGGUGUUUGGCAGCCCUAAACUGUGGCUGUUGCAGGCAACUGGGUGGGCUGAAAGUGUUUCUUUUCUGUUUCUUUGGGGAUGUUACCAGACUUUUCUGAGCCCAGCUUCCUCCCUGAAAAUGAGGAAGACAGUCAGCAUUCCCCAUCUCCACCUCCAGCCAGCAGAUGACACCAGCUGAGCAUCACCCAUUUCAGCGACACAUGUACGUAUCCUCAGUGGAGUAUCCAUGGGCCGUGAGUCACUGCGCUAGGCCAGCUGCUCAGCGGCGGUGGGAACCCUGGGGAGGCUGAGAGGCACUUUUCUGGCAUUCCUCAGCAUGCCAAAAUAGUUCACCUUCACUUGGUCCCCUCGGUACUUUUCAAAUUAACAUUUGGCCUUUGAAGCUGAAAGUAUCAGACACUGCACCCAGAGAGAGGUACUCGGGCUCUUAGAAGACCUCACCCUUAGCAAGGCCAAAUCGCUUUCUUUUACGCAGCUCCCUCUCUUCUUCACUUUGGAGGGGUGUCUGCAUUAGAACAAACCUCCCCGAAUUGAGACUCACUUCUGAAAUGACAUUAUUUCCUAAAAUGCUUAUAUUUUUUCUGAGUUGUAACCAUUUCAGAUUCCCUCUCUUAGGAAUUGUCUCUUCCUAGACUUAAUUCCCUAUCCAUUUCCAAACUGCAUUAACAACAGAACAAAAGAAAACAAUGAAAAGGCACCGAGGAAAUUCCAGAAAUCCUAGCUGGCAUUUCAGAAGUCACCAGCCAGACAUCAAAGUCAAUUCAUGACCAGUUUUCCUCCCACCAACACCACUAUAUUUUUGUCUAAUGAAACUCACAAAAGGAUAGCAGAGUGUCAGAAUCAGUAGGCAAAGGUCUGCUUAAAUUUCCGCAUUUGCCAAAACCUGGAGCACAGCAUACAGAUCGCUGUUUAUUUUUAAGUUCAAUAAUAGCCUAGGAAAUAAAAAAGCAUGAAUUCAGCAUACUAAUGCAUGCUUUAGAGAAUGCAGGCUUGGUAUAUUUGCCAUUCAAAUUUGUGAACAAAACAGCCCUUACUUAGUUCAGACUUCACCAGAAAACUUUGUUAAUGAAAGUUUAACUGCUUCCACACAUCAGCUGUCCGUGAGCUCACUGCAACAGCUGGUUAGCACAUCUGCCUCGGACAAAGUGAACCCUUGGUUUUCAUAAAGCCACCAACAUAAAGAUAGCACAGGCACAGUCCAGCACCCGCAGGCUGUGACAGUGACACAUGGGCACGCUGUAGGUGAGCCACCCUUGGGUGAGCUUUCAGUGUGACACCGAGUGCCAUGGAUGCUGCGAAAUGGAAAUCCAUGAUCCUGCAAGUCCAUUCUUUCCAUCGACUAUUACUUGGAAAAUGCAGCUGCAUUACAGGAUUUGUCACAAAUACAAGCUCACAUGACAGCGUUGGUAAAGAAAGUGUAGUUGGAAUUCAGCAAUUUCAAGUGCUGAAGCAGCUAAUUAGCAUAACCAGGCCUUGGCCCUUGCCUAGCCCUACCUAAUCCAAGGCUGGUGUAAAACUUGGUCAGGUUAAUCAGGAGGAGAAUAGAGAAAACAUAGAUGAUCAAUGCGUGCACACAGGUCCUCUCAGAAACAGAGGUGUUUUUAGAAAAAAUAAUAUAUGUGACUAGGAAUUGCUUGUUCCAAGACUAACCAUGCUUGAAGAAGUGAGUUGGGUGGGGAGGAGAUGGUGAUCCGAGGAGGAGCUUGGAAUCAAGGCAGAGACUGGAACCGAAUAGAUGCAUCAACUGGGACAGAGUCAGGUGAUGGAUUUGCAGAACUGACACGACCAAAGGAAACUUCUAAAAACUUCAGACGUUGACUAAUGGUUUGAUAAGUGUCUAUAGGCUGUGCUGCACCCCUUUGCUCUCUGCCACUCGGUGGGGUGGUGGCCCAGCUCUGAGCCGGGGUGAAAGCAAGCCUGGUGGUUCCCGCGGCUGUGGGAACGCUCCCAUUAACAAGCGUGCCCCCGCGCCUGCCGCGGCAGGGGGGUGCCGAUCCUGAUCCUUCAGGCUGUGCUGGGGAGGGGAGGUGCACGAGCCCCACUGUGGGGACUACAAAACAGAGACCUUCCUGAGGAGACGGCGGAGGGUGAGCAUCCCAGGGUGUUACCCAGGCUGCAAGCACUGCACGGCUCAUCCUGCCAAAGGACAAUCUGUGCCAACUAGCCUAAAGCUGGCUACCACGUUUCUCAGAACCAAUCCCUUACUCUGUGAGCUCAGUGUACAUCAAGCUUAAAAAAUACUAUAACACAUUGUGUAGUAACACCCCUUUACGUACCAGUGAGUUAACUUAUCUUUGUCAAGGAGUAAACAAGGACUGUAGGAUGACAUUGAAAAAUUAUCAGUAUUCAAGUGGUUUCACCCACGUCCUCACUGCAAAGCAAAAAGGUCGUAAGAGCUGAGUGUGCUAUUAUAGUUGGGGGCAAUUUCUGUAGUUGAAGGUUUUACUGUUGGAUAGUUCUGGUUUUGCUGAUUAUUUCUCAUUGAUUUUUUUUUUCCACUACAUGUGGGGAAAAAAGUUCUCUAAGAAAGGUGAGGUCCAGUAUUUUGGGAGGGAUUUUCUACCUCUGAAGGUUGCCAAAAAAUAGAAAAAAAAGAGAAAAUAUAUGG